UCCAGGAGGCAAGCGGCAUUAUUCACAGGGGCGGGGCCGAGCACUCUGGAGGACAAGUGGCCAGGCCGGGGCUCAGAUCUUGAUCAGCUGAGAGUGGGACCGGCAUCCCAGGUGCGCUUGGCUCCAGCAGGGCAGGGCCACACCGAUGGACUGUCAGCAUCAGCCUCACCUCCAAGGACCCUGGCCCUGGCCCGCCACAGCUGCCUGUGCUGUGCAUCCCACCUUCUAGGCCACCAGCCGCUCUGCAGGGACGAAGCCAGGCUUCCACCCUCGGGCCACACUGACCCAUGGAGACCCCAGCCCCCAGUGCUUCGGAUUAGCCCCUGCCUCUACGCUGAAGUUCCUAUCUGCUGUCUUGUCAUUCCGUCCUCACCCCCCAUGUCCGUUUCCUGGAACAGCGGUGCCACGACUGGCCGGUCUUUCCUGAGCUCGGAGAAAAGAUGGAUCAUGUGAGUGGGGCUGAGAGAUUUAUGGAGCUGAGCUCCCGCGGCUGUAAAUCACCCUGCCCUCCCCGGUAUAAAGCGCCCGUCCAGCCCGCUGUGGGAAAGAGGAGACGCUCGCCACCCCCUGACCCCCAGCUCAGCGCGGGCUCCCGGCGCAGCCAGUGACCCCCUCCAACCUCGCCCAGUCGCCCCUGCCAUGUCCGAGGAGCUGGCCCAGGGACCCAAGGAGAGCCCGCCGGCGCCGAGGGCAGGCUCCCGCGAGGUGUGGAAGAAGGGCGGCCGCCUGCUGUCGGUGCUGCUGGCCGUGAACGUGCUGCUCCUUGCCUGCACGCUCAUCAGCGGCGGCGCCUUCAACAAGGUAGCGGUGUACGACACGGACGUGUUCGCGCUGCUCACCACCAUGAUGCUGCUCGCCUCCCUCUGGACCCUCUUCUACCUCCUCCGGACCGUGCGCUGUCCCAACGCCGUCCCCUACCGGGACGCGCACGCCGGCCCCAUCUGGCUUCGAGGCGGGCUGGUGCUGUUUGGGAUCUGCACUCUCGUCAUGGAUGUCUUCAAGACUGGCUACUACUCCAGUUUCUUUGAGUGCCAGUCAGCCAUCAAGAUCCUGCACCCUCUCACCCAGGCUGUGUUUGUCAUCGUCCAGACUUACUUUCUCUGGGUCUCCGCUAAGGACUGUAUUCACGUCCAUCUGGAUCUGACCCGGUGUGGUCUCAUGUUCACCCUCACCACCAACCUGGCCAUCUGGAUGGCGGCCGUGGUGGACGAGUCCGUGCACCAGACUCACUCCUAUGACAGUUCCCACAGCAACACCAGCCACCACCGCUUCGCUCCUGACCCGGAGCGUGCAGGCAGCUCGGUGGGAGGAGACUGUCCGUGCCACACAGCCAUCUGCCAGAUCUUCCAGCAGGGUUACCUCUACCUGUAUCCCUUUAACAUUGAGUACAGCCUCUUUGCUUCCACCAUGCUGUAUGUCAUGUGGAAGAAUGUGGGCAGGCUGCUGGCCUCCUCCGCCCAUGGCCACGGCCACACCCCGUCCCGGGUCAGCCUCUUCCGGGAGACCUUUUUCGCUGGUCCAAUCCUGGGCCUGAUGCUCUUUGUGGUGGGGCUGGCCGUCUUCAUCAUCUACGAGGUCCAAGUGAGUGGGGGGGGGGGCCGCACCCAGCAGGCCCUGGUCAUCUAUUACAGCUUCAACAUCAUCUGUCUGGGCCUCAUGACCUUGGUCAGCCUGAGUGGCUCAGUCAUCUACCGUUUUGAUCGCCGGGCCAUGGAUCACCAUAAGAACCCCACUCGAACCCUGGACGUGGCGCUGUUGAUGGGUGCCGCCCUGGGUCAAUACGCUAUUUCCUACUACUCUAUUGUAGCCGUGGUGGUGGGCGCACCCAGGGACCUACUCGGGGGGCUCAACCUAGCCCAUGCUCUGCUCAUGAUUGCCCAGCACACCUUCCAGAAUGUGUUCAUCAUCGAGAGCCUCCACCGGGGACCACCCGGGGUUGAGCCUCGUGAUACCACCCCCAAGGAGCCCUGCCGUGGCCUGACCUUUGCCAACCUGGAUGCCCUCCACACCUUGCCUGCCUGCCCAUCCACCCCCAGGCUGGUUGGUCCCAGCCCAGAGGGCCCUCAGGAAGCAGUGGCCAUCAUCUUGGCCCCCCGGGGACACUGGAGACGCCGGUGCCUGAAGGACAUUUCUCUGUUUCUCCUGCUUUGCAAUGUCAUCCUGUGGAUCAUGCCUGCCUUCGGAGCCCGUCCUCACUUCAGCAACACUGUGGAAGUGGACUUCUAUGGCUACUCGCUCUGGGCAGCCAUCGUCAACAUCUGCCUGCCUUUCGGCAUCUUCUACCGUAUGCACGCUGUCUCCAGCCUGCUGGAGGUCUACGUGUUGUCUUGAAGCCCCCAAGAGAGACACACAGGGGUGGGGCUUGGCUUGUGUGUCUAUUCAGAGACCCCACCCCACCCCCAGGAGAGAACCCCAGGCUGGCAGUCACUGUGCCACAUUACCACCCAUUCCCACUGGCCCCAGGGUAGAAUUUUCACAAAAGUUAUUUUUCCAGGAUGAGUUUUUAAAUCAUAGUCAGGACAUACCCACCCACCCCAGCAGGACCCUGGGGUAUGGAGUGACCAGGGAAGGGAGACCUCUCCCCAUAGUAUCUAGGACAAGGCAAGAUCUGCAAGUGUCCGUGGCUCUGGUGCCACCCCUAAUCCCAGCCUUGUGGCCUGGCCGGGACUGCUGCCUGGAGCUGGAACCACCUGCAGUUUGCCCCUCCGCCCCCCGCUUCUUGUCUCAGCUUCCCUGUCUGAGCUGAUUGCCAGAGAGGCUCUUGUGGGUCAGAGCUGGAAGGAACCCCGGAGAUUCUCAAGUCUCAAGCUUUUCAGUGGGUGAACCAAGUGUGAGUUAUAGACUGGCUACAGACCAGUACCUGGGUGCCUGGGAGGGGCUGGACGGGGUACCCAGGCUGCCAUCUUCCUCUUCCCCUUAUUCUCAAAUGACAAAUACAUUUGUUUAUGUGUUCCGUGAGGCAUGAAAGGUUAGGAAGGACUGACCUGGUCAACUACCAUUUUACAAAGAAAGUAACAGAGGCCCAGAGAGGCAAAGUGACUUGCCCAAGGUCACAGAGCCUUUCCGCUAAGCAUAAUGAUUUUCAAACAGCAGAACUUCUUUUUCCUCAAAUAAAAUAUUUCAGGAACCCAAGUUUAUAGCAUAAA